UUUUUUUAAAAUACUACGCACAAGUGAAGCGAAGGAACUGAUGUCAGAGUUUACUGUAUCGGAAAAAGUUUGUAUAGCUAAAAGUUUAAAGUGGAUAUAAAUUGUGUCCGGUAUAGAAACUUUUUGCGGAGGAACGUUUUAAAAUGGCCGAAACUACGGCUACAGAUGAAAUUUACAACAAGGAGUACAAAAGAUUGAGGAGGCUCACGAGCGAUCUCGCCAUACGACAAGUUUCUUCAGAAUAUGGCCUCACAGAAGAGCAAGUUGCAGAGUUCAAAGAAGCCUUCAUGCUGUUCGAUAAGGAUGAAGAUGGCACCAUCACGAUGGCUGAGCUGGGAGUGGUGAUGCGCUCUCUGGGGCAGAGGCCGUCAGAAACCGAGCUCAGAGACAUGGUAAAGGAGGUUGACCAAGACGGAAAUGGAACCAUAGAGUUCAAUGAGUUUCUCCAAAUGAUGUCCAAGAAGAUGCGCGGGGCUGAUGGAGAAGAUGAGCUUAGAGAGGCGUUCAGGGUAUUUGACAAGAACAACGAUGGACUGAUAUCGUCGGUGGAGCUGCGCCACGUGAUGACAAACCUGGGCGAGAGACUGAGCGAAGAGGAGGUGGACGAUAUGAUCCGUGAGGCCGACCUUGAUGGUGACGGCAUGGUCAACUACGAUGAGUUUGUGACAAUAUUGACGUCGAAAAACUAGUAUGCAGAGCAAAAACCCAAAA